CAAGGGAGGCCCGGCAGGAAGGCUGACGUGUCGCGCGGCGGCGGCGGCACCGCGCAUGCGUGCGUGCGUGCGUGCGGGCAUGGCGGGCGCGGCGGGCGGGCCGGGCCCGUCCGUGCUGUUCCUGCACCCGGACCUGGGGCUGGGCGGGGCGGAGCGGCUGGUGGUGGACGCGGCGCUGGCGCUGCGGGCGCGGGGCUGCCGGGUGCAGAUCUGGACGGCGCGCUACGAGGCCGAGCGCAGCUUCGCGGAGACGCGGGGCCUGGCGGUGCGGCGGGCGGGGGGGUGGCUGCCGCGCAGCCUGUGCGGCCGCGGGCACGCCCUCUGCGCCGCGCUGCGCAUGGCCUGCCUGGCCCUCUACGUCCUGCUGCUCAGCGGCGAGCGGGUCGACGCCUUCGUCUGCGACCAGGUGUCCGCUUGCAUUCCUGUGCUCCGACUGGCCAGAGUCCGUAAGAAGGUUUUGUUUUACUGUCACUUUCCCGAUCAGCUUCUCACCAAGAGAGACUCUCUCCUCAAGCGCAUCUACAGGCUGCCACUUGACUGGCUGGAAGAGUACACCACUGGCAUGGCAGACUGCAUUGUUGUGAACAGCAAGUUCACUGCCAGUGUGUUCAAGGACACCUUUAAGUCCUUAUCUCACAUAAACCCAGAUGUUCUCUACCCAUCACUCAAUAUCAGUAGCUUUGAAGCAGUAGUUCCUGCGGACAUAACUGAUCUGAUACCCAGAAAGAAGAAGUUCCUGUUUCUUUCCAUUAAUAGGUAUGAGAGAAAGAAGAAUCUAGCGCUGGCUCUUGAAGCUUUGCAUGAGCUUCGAGGAAGACUAGAUUCUCACGAGUGGAAUGAAGUUCACUUGGUUAUGGCAGGGGGUUAUGAUAAACGAGUCCUGGAGAAUGUGGAGCACUACGAAGAGCUGAGGAGGCUUGCAGCCAAGCUUGAUAUUCAUGACCACGUCACUUUUCUGAGAUCGUUCUCAGAUGAACAGAAAAUCUCUCUUUUUAGUAACUCCGUGUGUGUGCUCUAUACACCAAGCAACGAGCAUUUUGGCAUUGUUCCUCUGGAGGCAAUGUAUAUGAGGUGUCCCGUUGUAGCCGUUAAUUCAGGAGGUCCUUUAGAAUCAAUCCUGCAUAAUGUCACAGGAUUUUUGUGUGAUCCUCUGCCAACGCAAUUCUCUGAGGCCAUGGAAAAAAUUGUGAGAGAUCCUCUCUUAAAGGACAUGAUGGGAGCAGCUGGGAGAGCCAGAGUUAUGGAAAAAUUUUCCCCAGAAGCAUUCACAGAACAGCUGUACCAAUAUAUAUGCAGAUUAACACAAUAAAAUUAUGUUCCCAUAGUA